UUGCAAUUCGAGGAGGUUAGUGUCUUUCAGUAUUGCCUGGACUUAGGGACCAACUUUGCGAUGAUAAACAGUACUCAGAAUGGAAUUUCUUCCGUUGUUCAUUGUGUGUGCCAACAAUAUUCUGAACAACGCUCAGUGCUUCAAUGCAAUACCUUCGAGAAGAGAAGGAAGAAGAAAACAGAAAGAGAGGUGCAGAAGCAGCCAGCAAAUGAUAAUAAUUUAAGCAAACAAUAUGCGGUAAACGCAGGGUUUAUUCCCCUAUUUUGUUACUAAUAAUUUAGAGUCAUUGAGUUUUAUAGUGUGACAUACUAACAGUUAGUUCAAGUUUGUGGUAGUAAGCAACAACAAAAAAUAUAGAAUAACAAUUUUUUUUAAAAACAUAAGGGCAAAACGAAUAAUGAUUUCUACACCUAUAUAGGGUACUGGGAAUAGAAAUUGGAGGAGUUAAAUCCAAACGCCGAGUUACAUAAAAUAUGUAGAAGGAAAGAAAAGCAAAAAGAAUGAUGAUACUUAUUUAUGCUGUUAUUCUGAUUUAUACAGUUAGAUGUCCUCCUGAAGUGGAGAAAUCGUACCAUAAGCUUGUUUUCAAAGAGUUUAUACACAAGCUUUGUCGUACAUGCAGCUUUUAUUUUAUUAUUAUUUUUUUUGAAGUCAUUCACACUCA